ACGUAGUUUCCCAUUCUCCAACAGCGCUGGGGCAGUUAGCAAUGGCGCACAGGGUCCUGGAGCUGACGCUGGUGUCGGGUCACAACCUGAAGGAUGUCAAUGUGUUCAGCCGCAUGGAGGUGUACGCCAUCACGUCCGUGUUCGGCGACCCUCGCACGCGGCGGUGCAGCCAGGUCGACCGCGACGGCGCCAGGCACCCGACGUGGGACGAAACGUUCCUGUUCACCGUCCCGCCGACGGCCGCCAAGGCCGCUGCCGCGGGCGCCUACCUCCACGUGCUCCUCCGCACGGAGCGCCUCUUCGGCUUCGACGACCGCGACGUUGGCGAGGUGUUCAUCCCUCUCGCCGACCUUCUCGCCUGCGCCUGCGUCGGCGGCCCGCCGCGGUGCGCGUCGUACCCGGUCCGGAAGGUGCACUGCACCGAGCACCGGGGCAUGCUCACCCUGGCGUACCGCUUCGGCCCCGUGAUGUCGCCAUGGCAGUACUAUCCUCCGACGUACGUCUACGCGCCGGAGGCGGCGGUGCCGCGCUACCCUCAGGCGUGUGCUCUCAUGCCGCCGGCUCCCAAGCCAGCCGCCGGCUGCGGCGCGGCCGCCGCGUCGCCAGCGGAGAAGAAUUAUUGCGUAAGGAACGGCAGCUUCGCGAUGGGGCUCGGCGCGGGGCUGCUCGGCGGAGGCUUCGGUGGAAUGGUGUUCGGCGACAUGCCGCCGUCGGACAAGGCGGCUCAUGACUCCGGGUACAAGCCUACGGCCGACGGUGCAGGGGUCGCCUUCUGAAAACUUCCCAUAUUCAUCAGGAUGUAUAACUAAAUAAGUACGUACGUCAAACUUGAAUAAAUAAAAACUUGACAUGUUCAUCAGGAUCGUGAGAUGCACACGGUCCAGAUAGCUUGGUACAUUCGGUCAGUCCUGUAGUCUACUUGUCUGUACUCUGUACUGCGUUGUUACUUUACGCGCUGUCCAUUGCAGUGUACUUCCUCCAUAAAUUAAUAUAAAAGUGUUUA